CUUCUGUUUAUGUGUCUGGAGCAGAUCUGUGACUCUGAAGGCUGAGACACAGGGAGAAGGCAGAGCCCAGCUCUUUCGGUUUCAUUUCUCGCCUGCCGGAGCAAAAGGCUCUGCUGUUGUUAAAACAAAGAACUGCCACAAUCCUGUGCUAAUUCCACUCAGGGAGGGACAUACGGCUCAGAAAAAAAAGAACCUUCAAUGCCAGCUCAAACUAAUAGAAUAAAUAGUUUCAAUUUAUUUUUUAGAGACAUAAAUCCUCUAUCAGGGCAUCACUUUGCAAAUGUUUGCCUUGCUUCCUGGAUCCCACACCCUGUAUAAGAAUGCAUGAGAUAGCUCCAUGUUGUGUGUCAGUCUACACACCAGCUUCUUCUCAACAGAAACGCCUUCUCCUCUGCCAUAUUCAGAGAGCAGGACUGUGAAACUACAGCUCAUACGCAAGAGAAUUCCACCACUUCUACAGAAUGGGGAUUGAUCAAGAGCCAAAGGAAAAAGAAAAGCCUAUCUCUUCAGUCAAGCAUCUCCAAUCCCAGCUGAAAGAUCUGCAGGAGGCAUCCUCGGCACUGUCGGGACACUUUCAGAAGACUGUGCCAACAUACAGGGCGGCAAUCAGCAAUUUGUAUUGUGACCUGCAGUCCUUGCUGGAAAACGAGGAGAAGAUGCGACUGUUCCAAACAGAAGAGCAAUCUAUGCAAUAUUUAGAAGCAAGAGCAAUGGACCUUGGGGAUUUGUAUAGCUCUAUUGGUCAUGUGCAGGAAAAGUUAGAAGAAAGCCACAUGACGUUGAGGGCAAAAGAACAUCUUAGAGCCCUUUAUGAGCAAUUUAAUGUUAUUGCUGGAGUUCAGACCAUUUUGGAUUCAUGUGUAUCUCCUCUCCAGUUGAGAGAUUGGGCAGGACAGAGGCAUCUUGUUAAGCCAGUUCCAGAAUCGCUGACGUUCGACCCUCAUAGUGCCCAUCCUAAUUUGAUCUUGUCAUUGGAUCUAAAGCAAGUGAGGUUUGAGUCUUCUCCAAAUGGGCAGGAGAGAAAAGAAUGCUUUGAACCAGGACUGUAUAUAUUGGCAUUACCUGGCUUCCAGUCUGGCCGCCAUUACUGGGAAGUUGAUGUCGGGGGCAAGAGCAGCUGGAUUCUAGGAGUGGUACGAGAGUCGGUGGAACGCAAAGUGGAGCAUCACCUUUAUCCUGACAAUGGAUACUGGGUGCUACGCAAGCAGGAAGACAGUGUUUAUUAUGGUCUUGGGAUGUCACCCGUAUGCCUGAACCUAAUAUUCUCACCCACAAGAAUUGGGCUUUGUUUGGAUUUUUUCAGGGGCUCUCUGGCAUUUUUUGACGCUGAUUCUACAAGUCUGAUCUUUGAGCUGCCCUGCAAUUCGGGAGAAAAACUAUUGCCAUUCUUCUGCCCUGGGAUCCCUGUUAAAGAAGAAGACUGGUGCCCAUUGAUCUUAUGUGGAUAAAAGGGAUAUUUACUGCCCUGUAAUUGUUGAUUGAAGGUUCAUGUGUCAUUUCAGGACCACGAUUUAGUCUUCCUAGUAUAUGUGAUGCUGAUUUCCCAUUCCCUAUGUUAAUUGAGAGCAAGGUUUGAAAUGCUCAUAAUCAUAUCUAUAAUAUGAUACAAUAUAGGCUUCUUCUGUCAAUGUUUUUAGGGUCACUAGUUACCCAUGGCUCACUUACCUGCAAAUGAUCUGAACUUCUGGGGGAAGUGGAACAUAAAAAACCUAUUCAUUGCAAUGGAAAAGAUGUAAAUGAUUGUGUAAAAAUAUAUGAUUUGGAAAUCCA